AAAAAAACGAUUAUUCGAAGUUAAUUCGAAAAAAAUCUACAAGAAUAAAAAUAAAUAAGUAAUAUUUUUAGUUUAAAAGGAAAGUGAAAUAAAAAUAAGAAUUUAAAUUUUGAACGUAAUUUUCGGCGUAGUUCGUGAUUUUCCGGGGGUGUUCGUGCGCUUUCGGGCGCGUAAUCGGGUGCGUGUCGUGAUUCGAGAUUCGGUCGGACGAGUUGAACGCGGCGGCGGGCGGGUACACGGGUUCACCGUGGCCGCCGCUGGAACUCGACCCCGUGGGAUGGGGACGAAAGCUAUACCCUUCGGGAGCCCCAAGAUCUUCAGGCGGACUGAUGUUCGGCCUGCACCACCAGGAGGCGGCGGGGGGCAUCCACGCUCAACCCCGAGGGCCUGUCACCUCACUAAAGGAAGAACCCCUCACUCGGGCAUGGAUGACUCCAACUUCACUAGUUGAUAAUACCAAUAGCGUAGGCGUGGGUCGUGCACACUUCGAGAAGCAACCACCCAGUAACCUGCGCAAGAGCAACUUCUUCCAUUUCGUGGUCGCACUCUAUGAUAGAGCGGGACAACCAGUUGAAAUCGAACGCACCGCCUUCAUUGGAUUUAUUGAGAAAGAUCAGGAAGUUGAAGGGCAGAAGACGAACAAUGGCAUCCAGUACAGACUUCAAUUACUUUAUGCAAAUGGUAUCCGACAAGAGCAAGACAUAUUCGUUCGACUUAUCGAUUCGGUGACGAAACAGCCUAUUGUAUACGAGGGACAAGAUAAAAAUCCAGAAAUGUGCAGGGUUCUACUUACACACGAAGUUAUGUGCAGUCGGUGUUGUGACAAGAAGAGUUGUGGUAAUAGAAACGAAACCCCUUCAGAUCCAGUCAUCAUCGAUCGAUUUUUCUUGAAGUUCUUCCUAAAAUGUAACCAGAACUGUUUGAAGAAUGCCGGUAAUCCUAGAGAUAUGAGAAGAUUUCAAGUGGUGAUAUCAACUCAAGUGAUGGUGGACGGUCCUCUCCUAGCGAUAUCAGACAAUAUGUUUGUCCACAACAACAGCAAGCAUGGCCGGAGGGCAAAGCGACUAGACCCAAGCGAAGGUACAGACGCCGCGACAGACAAUACUUGUUUAUAUCCGCCUCUGCCAGUAGCGACACCAUGCAUCAAGGCCAUAUCACCAAGCGAAGGCUGGACAUCAGGGGGAUCAACAGUCAUCAUAGUUGGAGACAACUUCUUUGACGGACUCCAAGUAGUAUUCGGAACUAUGCUGGUAUGGAGCGAGUUAAUAACAUCGCAUGCGAUAAGAGUGCAGACCCCACCGCGUCACAUACCCGGAGUGGUGGAAGUGACGCUCUCGUACAAGAGCAAGCAGUUCUGUAAAGGGGCGCCUGGAAGAUUUGUUUAUGUUUCGUUGAACGAGCCAACGAUAGAUUACGGCUUUCAGAGGCUGCAAAAACUUAUACCAAGACAUCCCGGCGACCCGGAAAAAUUACCAAAGGAAAUAAUUCUAAAACGAGCAGCGGACUUGGCGGAGGCACUGUACUCAAUGCCUCGCAACAACCAAUUAGGACUUGGCGCGCCUCGAUCACCGCCAGCCAGCAUGCCUUUCAAUUCGUACACAGGACAACUAGCUGUCAGUGUCCAAGAUACUGCUGCCUCGCAGUGGACUGAAGAGGAGUACGCGCGCAGCGGUGGCUCGGUAUCGCCGCGGUACUGCUCCGCCGCGUCCACGCCGCACGCCGCGCCCGCCGCCUACCCACAUCCACAACACUACCCCGCACCACCAACCUCACUCUUCAAUACCACGUCACUGUCUCUAGGUCCGUACCAUCCGGCGAACAUGAAUGGACACUUAUCAUCUGACCGUCACUAUAACGCGUAUAACACGAAAGAUAGCGGACAUUACAGUGAAAGAAAUGGGAAUUCUAAAAGCCUGGACGACUGUCCGGUAAACAUUCAUACAAAAUGCACCGACAGCGAUAUGAAAGGGGCUCAGAAUAAAGAGACUAAGCUGAGAAGCGCUUUUGCCGUAGUGAGGCAGAGUCCGCCACGCGUUGCCAAUGAGCAUCAUCAGAAUUGGCACCACCUCGCCGUCCAGUGAAUGGGUGGUCUUGUAUCAUCACCGUUCAGUGUCAAUCCGUUCUCGCUGCCGACUUGCAGCGCUCAGCAAUAUGCUCAGACAGCCCCGCUCGCUUCCAAGUAGCCCACAACAACACAGGCCUUCAAUGGUGAUGGUCAGUUUCUAUUAUAAGACAUUUUAAACUUUAUUAUAAUCUGUCUACAGGUGAUUUUAGAGAUAAAAUGGUGUAAGUGCAGAUUUUGUUACAUUGUUUUUUUGUUUUCAUAUUGUUUAUUCGUUAUUAUGAAUUUAAUUAUUCUCAGUGAAAUAAGAAACAUUAUUUUUAUUCAUAACUUUUGUUUCUGACUAUACCUGAUAUAAUGAGGGUCAUCAAAACCAAGAAUAUGGAAAGGCGGCAUUGUAAAUACAAUUGUAAUUUUUGUGUAAAUAUUAAAGAUAAUAAAUUAAAUUCAAUAGUUUGGUUGCUAGAUUGAACUGUAGCGGUAGAUUUUAUAUACAUUCGAAGGCUAACGUUAAACUGCUCAGGACGAUUUUAAACUUUAAUAUCAUGUAAAAAGAUUAUGUUUUCGUUUACCCGUAUGUGUGUCGAUUUUGUUCUUGUAAAAUCUGUGAUAUAUUUAUUGUAAGUGACGUUGUAAAUUUUUAAAUUAAUGUAAAAUUAAUGUAACGGUGUAAAUUUUUCGAUUUUGAAAUUUUGAAUAGCGUUUCGAUUAUUUUCGCGCUUAGGUUACGGAUUCGGACAUCGAAAUAUUUUGAAUUGAUCAUAUCUAGAAACAAUACAUAUCCAGUAAAUACGAUAUUUGGGAUGUAAUAUUGUACAACGAAAUAAAAUGAAAAUCUGAUGCCGAAA